ACCAAACAUGAGAACUCUCUUGCUUUUAGUACUCGCAUGCAUAGUCGUUACAGAUUCAAAAGCAGAUAAAAUAAAGAGACUUCUCUUGGAGGAAACUAUGGAGACUGCAAAAAAUCUUUUAAAGUCGAAGGAGAUUCUUCACCACUUUGUAAAAAACGCGUUUCGUCCGCAUAGCUGUUCAGAGCAAAGCAUUUGUCAAGUGGCAAAAGUUCUGAAUGAGCUAGAACUUUCGGUGCUAAACAACAACAAGGUGCUAAAAAUCCUGGUGAGACAACUUUCUUCCUACGCUGUCUAUUCAGAGCACUCAACCUGCAGUGUCACAGCUUCAGAGGAAUGCAGAAUGGAGCAGCUCCUGAAUAACACAAUAAGCUGCUGCCAAAAGCUAUAUAGAAAAAAUCUAAUACUAUCCAAGAAGAAAAUGUGA